GGUGGCGGGGCGCGGCCGCUCGGCCCGGAGGUACCGGUGAGCGAGACGCUGCGGUGCAAGGUGGGUCUCGCCGCGACUACAGCGUGUCUGUAGUGGAAAAUUAAACCCCGGAGAGUCCUCAUUGGGAAGGCAGAAUGCCCUGUUGCUGCCUGUGAAAGUGGUACAACAUGGCUUACAGUGUGACUCUGAAUGGACCUGGACCGUGGGGCUUCCGACUGCAAGGGGGCAAGGACUUCAACAUGCCCUUGACCAUCUCCAGAAUCACCCCUGGCAGCAAGGCAGCACAGUCACAGAUGAACCAGGGGGACCUUGUUGUGGCCAUUGAUGGAGUCAACACUGACAGCAUGACCCACCUGGAGGCCCAGAACAAGAUCAAAUCAGCCAGCCACAACCUGAGCCUCACUCUGCAGAAAUCUAAACGUCCAGUGCCAGUUUCAACCACAGCUCCCAGAAUUGACUCUCCCAGGGCUGUAAUUCCCCAUCAGAAGGAACCUGCUUGGGAAAUCAAUGGCAACAGAACAACCUUCAGCCCUCUAACUAACACGGCGACUGGGCCUGUGGGUAGUGUUUUAGCAACCAAUGGAACCUUUUCAGGCUACCUCAACCAGCAAGAGAUCAGCCUUUCAAAUAGCUCUACCUACCUAAAGACUACCACAGUUAGAUCUUCUAUGUCCUCUCAGUCUGUGACUCCUGACAUUUCACCUGCCAAGAGCUCAUUAGGUUCCAAAGCAAGCCCUGCUUUGGCUGGUGGCAGUAGCCCUGCUCACCAGCUGAGCCCUGCAAGGCAAUAUAACAACCCCAUUGGCCUUUACUCGGCAGAGACCCUGAGGGAAAUGGCUGAGAUGCAUAAAUUGAGUCUCAACCGAAGGGCUUCAGAAGGUGGACUUCCUAGAGGCACCCUCCCUAUAAAGGAUCCUCACGUAGACAGUGCCUCUCCAGUGUAUCAGGCUGUGCUUAAAACCCAGAACAAGCCUGAGGAUGACAGUGAGGACUGGAGCCGUCGCUCUGCCAACCUGCAGUCCAAGUCCUUCCGCAUCCUUGCUCAGAUGACUGGAACCGAGUACAUGCAAGAUCCAGAUGAAGAAGCUCUGAGGAGGUCAAGAGACAAGGAAAACCUUGCAGCAGCAUCAGAAAACAGUACCCCUGUUGAGCAUGCCCCGGUGGCUCCCAGUUCUGCUGCUCCUGCACCACAUGCUUCAGCACCUCAGCCUGCUCCUGCUGCUCCAAACACAGCCAGCCCGAUGGCAGCACCAGCCACCACCUCAGUAGUGCAAGAGGCUUUCUCCUCCUCCUUCCAAAGUUUCAACCGGCAUUCUUCCACCUCCAUCAGCUACCAGUCAAAGCAGAGAAAUACAACCCAGUCAUAUACACCAAUGCCAAUUUCUGGAGGCUACAGUGAAAGUCCUGUUCCUUCUGCUGCUUCAAAAAUGAGAGUUGUUACUACUGCCAGCAUAAAGCCCUCUGUCUACCAGCCAGCGCCAGCACCAGUUCAUUCCUACACCCCUGCCAACACGGAGCCUGCGAGUCGCCCUCCCUGGGUAACAGAUGACUCCUUUUCCCAGAAAUUUGCACCUGGAAAAUCCACCACCACCGUCACAAAGCACAUCCUACCAAGGGGUGCUCCAGUGCUAUCUCCUGCCACGAUUUCUGCUUACCCGUCUCCAGUUUCAACUUCUUCCCAGCCCCCUGCAUUAGCGCGGGGAACAGUUCAGAGGGCGGAGCGAUUUCCAGCCAGCAGCCGAACUCCUCUCUGCGGGCACUGUAACAGCAUCAUUCGGGGUCCUUUCCUGGUAGCCAUGGGUCGCUCUUGGCACCCAGAAGAAUUCAAUUGUGCUUACUGCAAGACAUCCUUGGCUGAUAUGUGCUUUGUGGAGGAGCAGAACAGUGUGUACUGUGAGCGCUGCUAUGAGCAGUUCUUUGCACCGACCUGUGCCAGAUGCCACACUAAGAUUAUGGGGGAAGUGAUGCAUGCCCUAAGACAGACUUGGCAUACAAGUUGCUUUGUCUGUGCUGCUUGUAAGAAGCCAUUUGGGAAUAGCCUGUUCCACAUGGAGGAUGGGGAGCCUUACUGUGAGAAAGAUUAUAUUGCUUUGUUCAGCACAAAAUGUCAUGGCUGUGAUUAUCCUGUUGAAGCUGGAGAUAAAUUCAUUGAAGCUCUUGGACACACUUGGCAUGACACCUGCUUCAUUUGUGCUGUAUGCCAUGUGAAUUUGGAAGGUCAGCCAUUCUACUCCAAGAAGGACAAGCCACUGUGCAAGAAGCACGCCCAUGCCAUCAAUGUUUAGAAGAAGAGUUGGUAGUCACUAAUGCUGGGGUGAAACAGAUGACUAACUGGGCAAUCAUAAAGUUGAUAACCAUGGCUAGCACUUCUCUCGGUAAAAGCUAGACGUUGGUACUUCUCAAGUUUAACUUUAUCCUCUUUCAUAAAUGCAGAACGUGCUUUUUGUGAAGUUCAUACAAAAAACUAUUGAAUGAGCAGUCAAAAUCAUGAACUAGUCCAUUAUUACAGCAACAGUUGGGGAAAAUAUUGAAAUUAACUAAAAACCUUAUUAUAAAAAGUAAUGUGCAAAUAUAGUUUCAAUUAACUACCCACAGCAGCUUUACUGCUUAGAUCACACACUGGUGUUUAAAAACAACUGGAAAAAUACUUCUGUAUUAAGUCAUUUUCUUUCACAGCAAGAAUGAGUAAGUGCCAUAUGUACAGUCAUCUGUAGAACCAAAGGCCGUAGCUUUCAAAGGGAAAUAAAUAGAUUAGGGCUUCAUCUAGGAAAAGUGAGUGCUGUUCCAUUAUCUUGUGGUGCUACCUCAUAGCAUCAGAUAUUUUAGAUUCUUUCCAAAUUACAAGUCUGCCUUGAAUCCAUAUGUAGCUGGGAAGCCUAGGUGACAAUCCAUAACAGUUUGAAAAUAAAAUGGUUGGGUCAGCCUUGCUAGUGCACUUGACUUCUAUGUGCACAGUAGAUAAUUCGCUUUCAAAUCGUAAUGGAAAAGGACAACUGGCUUUCUCCAAAUUGCUCCUACAUUGAAUGGAAUAGAGCUGACUGGAAAGGCCAGCUUUUAAUUCAAAACCAGUUUUCCUUUCCUCCUUUGGAAAAAAAAAGAGAUUCAAUCUUGCUUUGAUUUCUAAUUCCCACUGGUAUCAGAGGGAGGUAGGAACCAACAUCUGGACCUUCACGCUAGUGAACACAGAAGAAACACAUCCAUCUAGCACAGCUAGACUGUGGGAGACAGCUUGCAGAAAUUCCCUCCUCUAUCCCACAAAAUUAGGAAAAAGGCUUUUUUUUCCUAUAGUAAAUGAAUGUGUAUCAAAAAUCUGUAAGGCAGCAGGCACACACUCCUUAUUCCUUUCCUUACUUUAAAUGCAGCACAUCAUGAAUUGUAGCAGUAUUUGCCAUUGGAAAACAGUAGCUCUGUUGCAACAAUUAGGAUAACCACACAGUCAUCUUUUCUAAAAACCAUAACAGUCAUCUAUCCUAAUAGCUUGAGAACAACUUUCUACUUGUUCAGACAGUUAUUUAUAAAACUCUUUUUUUCAAAUAAGCAAUACUUAUAUUACUGAUAAUACUUUUGAAUUUUUGAAUAUUAGUGACUUUUAUAUGGGAGACAGCAGUUCUGUCUGAUGGAGUUAAGAUGGAAAGUCCGAUCACCAUUCAAGCUUUAUUAACUCAUUUAAGUAAGAAUUAUGAUGUGUGUGUUGAGAGCUUGCAGUACUGACAGUUUUGAAUUAGUACUUCUAAGGCUGAGGAUGCUUUCUGUGGGCCACAUGCUGGUGCCAUCUGCACCUAUUUUACCUUGUGUUCUGAGUAGCAAAAAAUUACGUAACACUGUCUGUCUUUCCCCUCCCAUGAGUAAUGACCAUUUCAUUUGUGUGUCUUUUAAGGGAUGAGAAACUAUCCAAAGCUUGGGGGAGGAAUAAAUGAAAUUUAGAGUUCUAAAAUAGGAGUUAGCUGCAGGCAGUCUGCAUCUUGGACAAAAAUAACAACCUGAACUGCCUGUGGCAGUUUUGACAUGUAUGACCUGUAUUUAUUUAGUAGGUAUCUUAGUUUUCACUGAUCUUAGCAGUGAUCUGAUCUGAGUUGCUACAGGGUCAGAUUUUUGUAUGCAUGAAUUAUUCUAAAACACUAGUACAUUAUAUGCAAAGCCUUUUUUUGUUUGUUUGUUUGUUUGGGGUUUUUGUUUGGGAUUUUUUUUCUGUAAGCAAGAAAAUUUUCUGUUUUCAGUCGGUGCUGGGCUGGUGUGAAUAUGGUCCCAUAGAUUACAAAAUCCAAAGAUCUGGCACAUAAUAUUCUCCAGAGGAGUAAAUCAUAAUUAUGGAAAUAUUUUUUUCCACUCCUAUUUGACUUCAUUAAACACAUAUCCACAACAGUGAGAAAAUUCUACAUUUCCUUUUCAUUUCUCAGUGCCAUUCAAAAAAAUGCUUUUUAUUUUUAUCUAUUAUUUGAGACAAUUCACAUCAGCAUACUCUAUACUGAGACUGUAUUGAAGAUAUUCUUUAGGCAGAUUUGUGUCAGUGUUGGCCACUGACUGAGACUAAACUCUGACUGCAACAUCAGAAUAGGGAGUCAGGCUCCAUAGGAAAGGCUUGUGAUGGAUGCCUCAGGAGAAUUUAAUGAGGUCUUUCCCCUCUGAUCUGCAUGUGUUUAUAGGUGUGUGUCUCAUUCUCCCCUCCACCUUCCCCCUCAAUGUCCCUAUAAGCUUCCUCUUCACUGGCACCAUGGAGGAUAAAUCAUUUUAGGAUCUGGCUGGAGAUGUUGGGCUGAAGCUUAGGGAGUGCAGUCAGUGAAAAGCUGCUGGCAGGCAGCGUGGCUGGGGCUGCAGUUCCUCACGGCCCCUGGGUGGGCCAGCCCGGAGCUCCCGGCCUGGGGGGGCGCGGGAAAUGGGGCUGCCGGUGCGAGCAGGGGAGAGGACGCUGGGAUCGCAGAGGAGCACCUGAGGCUGCCAGGAUGCAGGGGCUCUGCAGGCCUCUGGCUGAGUGGGGAAAGAUGGGGCACCGAGGAGAUGGGGAGCCCUUCCUGAGGCUGGGGUUGGAGCAGGGAAUAGCCAGGUAAGGGCAGUUCCACCAUGCUGGCAUGUCAGAGAUUUGGAUGGGGCAGGGGAGGCUGGGUAGGGGGUAGCCAGGAUCACUACAGUCAGGGAGAGGGCUUCAAGUAAGAAAUUAGGGUACAAGUAGCUCCCAGUAGCCCAGAGAGAUGGUUUGGAUGUGUACAGAGGGGUGAGCAAGGAUCCAAUCUGGUACAUCUGAAGUCUGGACUGCAGGAAAGGGAAUGCAGCGUAUGUGAGCUGAGCUGAGCUGGCUUGCAGGGUGGCAGCAGUAAGAGUGCAGCAGCACAGACUUCAGUGGGAGCUGUACUGGCUUGAGAGAGUCCUGAAAAAUUCCUUGGGCAGAGAACCUGCACUGUAGCACAUGCCCUGACUCCAGCUGGUGUCUGAGCAAGUGAGAUUAAAGCUAGUUUACAUAUCACUAUAUGAGGUACAGCGAUAUCUCUGAAUGAAGAACAGAGAUACCCUGAGGAUUAUCAUGUAAUAAAAUUUUCCUGUUAUGACUUGUGCUGCUUCAUAAUGUGGUCCAAAAAUAGGGAAUCCACGUACCUGCCCUUGAUAUCUAUAUUAAGAUAUAAUUUUUGCACAUAUCUGAACCAGAAAUUUGUGAAUAAUAAUGUAGCAUUUUAACUUUCACAGGGGUAGAAUACCACAUAACUGCUGAUACUCUUCUGCUACAUCACCUUUGUGAUAUGGAGAGGGGAAAAUGCAUAUAUAUAUAUAUAUAUAUAAAAAUAAUAAUAUAUGUCUCUAAAAUUCAAAAUACAGCCUUUUAACUAUCACGGAAAAUAAUGUUGUACAAAAAUAUGCAAGAUGAAUAAUGUGUACUUGAUUAUGUUUUAUGUCUUGUAAGAGAUGCCCGAGAUAAGUCCUAAGUUCUUCUGAAUAUUUCUUUUCAUUCUAAUUAAUGUGAGGUUUUACCCAAUAAAACAAAGAUACUGUACCUCUGAAUGAUCAAUUAGAUAUAUCAGUCUUUUGUCUAACUAAAAAGUGUUCAAUAACUUUUCAGUCAAAGGAUUCAAAAGCUUUUUUUAAUGCUUUUCUCUCUUUUGAUGUUCUUUUUGCAGAACAGGGCAAAUUAAAUGUUUCCAAAUGAAGCUACUUUUAUUAUCUGGACAAAAGAAACAGUCUUAGGACUUUUUUUCAUUAGUUUUCACUAUAUUGGAUUCACACAUUAUAAAAUUCUCAAUUCUAAAACCAAUUCAAAACAAGGAAAAAUAUUUUUCCAUUGGUCCUUCAGUGGUCAGUACUUUGGGUGAAAUGUUUUGCUGAGAUUACUUGUAUUUAUGUUUAAUAAUGUGAAUGUCCACAGCACUGAACACAUUCAUUAGUGUCUAAUGCUGGGCACACUAAUGUUUUUUUGCAAUACUCAUCUCCUGGUAGUUGAUAUUAAUUUGUUUAGUAUUUAUAAACAUCAAAAUUUGAAACUGAGUGAUUUAUUGCCUGCAGUGAUCAUAUAUUAGAAGUCUAGGUUUUAUAAUAUUUUGACAUGUUGACUUGAUGCCACAAGUGCCCUUGCUUUUAGAUAGAUAUUUUUUCCUGAGUUCCUAGUUAUUUCAGAACAGAAUGUCUGGUGGUUUAUGAGAUGUGAGUAAUUACCUUGCAUGGAUUAUCUGUGCCAACAUGAAUAAAACAGUCUAGUAAUAAAAGCAAUGUGCAAAAACAGUUAAAGCUUUAUGAUUUAGGUAUAUUUAUUAAUAUGCCAUGUGAGCAGCUGACAGCUUUCAGCCAUGUACUAUCAUUAAGAAAGUAUACACAAGCUUGUACUCUCUACUUCAGACCUGAAAAUAAAAAUUAAAACCUUAAAACCAAUUAAA